CUCGAAUAUAUCUUGAAGAAAAAAAAACACUGGCUUUCGAAACUUCCUUAAAUGCUCCUUACCGUUAGCGCUCACAUGCCUCGCUCACCGAGACUCCCUCACUUCAUGCUUGUUGACCGAUUUCGCUUCUGAUCCUACAUGUCCGCUUACGCAGGGUGAUCGUUGCCGGACCGGAUUCCAGUAAGUUCUGGAAAUCGCAAUUUACCGAUGUAUAUUGAUUAUUUGUUAUUUACUUAUAUUAGUUGCUAUUAAAACUAAAUAUGGCUGUUUUUGGAAUGUUCAGUGACUGAGGAAUCAUGUUCAUUACAUGAAAGGAAGUUUUGAACAUUAACGAUACUCUUAGAUUAAUUUCAGACAUUGGACGUUUUAGUUAGGCGUUAAUCGUCACAUUUGAAUUAUUACACGUGUAUAUAAUGCGGAGUAUUCUUUGAUAAAUUAUGUGCGUCUUUAUAACGUGCCUGAUAAAUUUCGUUGGUCUCAGUGACCCACGUCUCCAAAAUGACAUGUUUCUUCGUAGAGCAAUUGGACGCUUGCUGGACGAUUCACUGCUAUGUGGGGCGUCGUAUAUAUUUUAGAUAUUACAGCUGAAACAAUUUGCAUUUGGGAUUUUAUUGCACGUCUUCUGUUUUUGCGAUAUUGUCAUUAAUAUUUAACAACUUUUUAGAUUUAAUUGACCCUACAACAGAGUAUUAGAUGGUUUGGAUCGGCUCUUUGAAACUAUGCCCUUGGUAUGGUCGUCAGUGAUCAUGCAAAGGUCAGUGCGCCCUAUAGCCGACAUAGGCGAUCGCCUAGAGCGCCAUUUAAUUGAGGGGCGCAAAAGAGAGAAUGAAAAACUAAGAUGAAGUACACCUGGUUGUAUUCCGUGAUAUUACAGUUACUUACACUAGUUUUAAUGUUUCCCUGUUUUUCUCAUGAAACGUGCUAGUUAGCAACCAGAUUCCCUGUGUCCGCCGAGGGCGCCAGAACACCCAGGUUCCGGGCCCUGGAUCAUGCAUACAUUCGGCAGGAAGUGCAGCUGUGUAUGUGUAAUUUGUUGCCAAUGAACAGAUGGUUGGGAGAUCUUCAUGAUUUUGAAGUUUGCUAUGGUUCUCAUACAGUCUGAACUGAUACGAUAUAGCGAAGACUGCUCAGAAAAAACAAUCCCACACAAGAAUGGGGGAUAUUCAGUUAAGAAAUGGAAAGAUUGAGAACUACAUUUCGAAACAUUUUAUUAAACAAAUCAUUAACCAUUUGCAUAAAUUGCAGCUAUGAACUCCUACACAUCAGAACCUCAAGUAAAUAUAUAUUGUUUUACUACCAGAUGACCUCCAGAGAACAGGGAGUCUUUUCCAGAUACGAAGUUAUCUGAAUGUGCUUCAUCAGGAAAUCUUGCAAAUUGCAUGUAAUUGCCAAAAACUCCCACUGUAGUGGGAAGCAAAAGGCAGAAUGUCUCUAUUUGUGUUCUCUCAGUUUUUGAUUGUUAUCGUGGUGUGCCAGGCUGAACAUGAAACCUGUGGAGUUUUCCCAAAAGACCCCGUUAUUAAGAUGGGUUCUGAAAUCCAAAUCAUGUUCGGUUCUCCCCAGGGCAGUUUUUGUGGCAGUGUUCCUUUUUACAGUCCACACAAACUAAUCUGGAAAUUAAACGAUAAGAAGAUUGCUGAAGACUUCUACAUUGUAAAUUCGACCAUGUCGGCUGUCACCGUUCAGAGUAGCGGCAUGGUGACAUGUUACAUGCAUCUACACGGAGUGGAUGUCAUUUUGGGAGGCACUAACAUCACUGUCUUACUCCCACCAGUGAAACCAACCAAAAUACACUGCAUUUUAUUUGCCUUCGAAAAAUUUACAUGCCACUGGAACAGUGGCGAAAAUACAGUUUCGGGCACGGAGUAUACUGUAUACGUGACAUUUACUUCAUGCAGUGGCAUGAUGUACAGCUGCACGUCUAAGACGGAUCACUGCACAAUUAAAUCUGUAAUACUAGAUACAGUCAACAUCACAGUGAAGGCCCAAAAUGCAGUUGGAUCAGUGGAGUCUGACAUUGUGAGAAUCGAUACUUUGAGCAUAUGGAAAAUAGGGACACCGAAUAUUACAGUGAAGCCAUUGCUGCACAAGCUUCAAGUGCAUUGGGAAAUACAAGAAGAAGACUUAUUUCCCGAUUCAGCUAUAAACUGUGAACUGUUGUACCAGUAUGAAAACAUUUCAGAAUCAAAGGGGGCCAAACUGGGAGAUGCUGAAAUCGUUGUGGAGCGACCUUGCGUUAAUUACACCGUAUCAGUCCGCUGUGCACCAGACACUGUGGUGAAGAAAGAGUAUUGGAGUGAUUGGAGUCGCAACAUUACUGUUCUCUCACUUCUGGAUGUGAAAGCUGUUAAGAUCCACCUUUGGAGGAAAAUAGAUGCACCAGAUGGGAGAGGAUACAGAAGGGUAAUGCUGAUGUGGAAGGGAGUCCAGCCAUCCUGCAAUAUAGACGGCUACAAAGUGACUGUGGGGAACCUGCGCAGCGGGGAAUUCUCUGUGCUUUGGUUCAAUAUACUGGACUCAAAUACGUCUUUGGUCCUCGAUGGGGAAAUGUAUCGAAUCAGCAUAGCUGUGUAUAAAAAUGACAGCACGUCUCCAGAAGUGUUCAUCACUGUACCUGCCAUAGGAGAAGAGCGUCCUCCAGUGAAAGAGCUCCAGGCGUUUCCCGAAAACAGCCAAUUAUAUGUCACGUGGGCCCCUCCCCAAUCGCCAGUGAACCAUUACAUGGUGGAAUGGUCGAGUGGUGAUGAUGACAUCGGGUGGCUUGAAAGUCAAAGCACAAGCACCUCACUGAUAGGCCAGCCAUUUAAAUUGUAUAGGAUCACAGUGUCUCCAAUCUAUGACACCUGGCCUGGACAGGAGGCCACUCUGCUUGCUUACUUCAAAGAAGGAGGUACGUGUCAGUGAGUGAUUAAAGCAAUACCUUGGCCUUAAGACAUUGUGUGGAACAAGACGGACCACUCUGUGUGUGCAGAAGUCAGGAUGUGAGAAUUUGCCAUAGUGUGGGUCAAGUCUACAUGCUCCGCCUGAGAACAUAGCGUGGUAUAUGUGUCUAGCACAAUGGACUGUCCAUAGUGUCCUCUUCCUUAUAAAUACCCUCUGCUU